AUGGCCAACUCAAAUGAUCUAUGGGAGAAGAAGUUGCAGGAUCCAAGUGCAACACCAGUGCCUCUGCCAUUUGAAUUUCUGAAAGCCAUUACAUGUGAUUUUUCCAGUGAGCAGGAACUCGGCAGAGGUGAGCAUGGAGUGGUUUACAAGGGAGUUCUUCCGAGUGGAAAAAUUAUUGCCGUGAAGAAGCUUUUUCAAACACAUCUGAUGGAUGAUAAGAAAUUCCAGAAUGAGCUCAGUUCUCUCAUGGGGAUCAAGCACCAAAAUGUAGUGCAGCUUAUUGGUUACUGUGCCGAAACAAGUUUUGAAAUGGUGAACCUCCAAGGUAGUGGGAAACAUAUUAUGGAUGAAAUACCAAAGAGAUUGCUUUGCUUUGAAUAUGUAGGCAACAGAAGCCUUCAUGACUACAUCUCAGUUGGUACUUUUGACCUCGAGUGGGAUAUGAGAUAUGAAAUAAUAAGGGGUAUUUGCGAUGGUUUGCAUUACCUUCAUGAGAAAUGCCAUACUGUUCAUCUCGACCUGAAACCUGGAAACAUAUUGAUGGAUGCUACUAUGGUUCUAAAAAUAGCGCAUUUCGGUUUAUCAAAGAUCUUUGGUGAUAAGCAAUCCCGAAUCAUCACUGAAAAUCGUCCAGGAACACUCGGAUAUAUGGCCCCAGAAUACUCCUUUCAAGGCGUAGUCUCCAUGAAGGCAGAUAUAUAUUCAGUUUGGGUAUUAUAA